UUAUUCAAAUGUAUAAAAAUCUAUUAGGCUAUGGUGGUAAUAACACAUCAUAAAAACAUUACAAAAUUAUGUAAAGUCGUAAUAUUUUCUACUAUCAAGAUCCAGAUUAUUCAAAAAAAUCGGUAUGGCUGAAGAACAAGUGAAUGAAGCAAAGUCAUCAUAUUCUCAGUCUCCAAGAGAACCGAGCAUCAGAUCAAGAAAUGAUUUUGAACCCCCUAUUACACCUGUCAUGCCUAUAGAAAAGGUUCAGUCGCCUAAAGAACAAUCAUCUAUUGCCAGUACUCUUCGUACAUUACCAAUCGCUACUAUACCUGCGUCGUCCAUUAAAGGUUCAGUUCAAUUGUCACUAAAAAGUCAAAGAAGUAACAAAAAUGAAUCAUUGGAACCGGUACAAGUGGAAAAUAAAAGUUUAAGUCUAAGAGAAGAUUUUAAAAACAAAAACGAAGAGAACUUGAGAGAGGAUUCAUUAUCUAGUCCUAAUGGUCGGAAUAAUAAUAAUAAAAUAAUAACAAAAUCGCCUGAAGAACCUACGGAAAAUACGGAAAGCUUACACGACACACCUGUUUACAGCAAUAUAAAUAAAAUAUCAAACAUGAGUAAAAUACUAACAGAUGAAGCCAAUGCCUUGCGGGAAUCGAUAAAAAGCUUGUCUGAAGGUAUCGUUCGCACAAAACAAGAAUUAAAAAGUCAAAAAGAAGAUGUUAAUUUUCCGUAUCACCUUUUUUUAAUUGAAAUCAUAAUUAACAAAAUUAAUAUGAAAUGUGAAUGCUUUGAGUUAGAUUACAAUAACUUGAUUAUUGCAGCGACAUUUUUAGGAAAACCACCGAUAACCCUCUAUGAUUCUUCAUAUGGAAAAAUUGAUGAUUUUUCCGAUAUUAAUGUUGGGAAAUCAGCCUUAUUCGCCAUGACAUAUGAUAAGAUAUGUAGCAUUCAAGAUUUCGUCAUUAAUUUGACAUUAACUAAACAACCACCUUGUUCAAAUUGUGUUUCGAAAAUUGCCGAAACGAAAAUAGAUUAUACAAAAGAGUUCAUAGAGCUACGAGAGGAACUCUGCAAGAAGUGGACCAAGGAGCAACCAAACGACAAUAUAAUGUGUACAACGUCGACUCCACUAAACAGGAAUAUGUAUUAUCUGUCUUGUGGCGAUAGCGGUCACAGCGAUUCUAUAGGUAUUAUUGAGUUAGCAACUCGGAUGUCAUUCCUUGGGAAAGAAAUCACUACAGCGUUUUGCGCUUCCUCAAAACCCAAAUGUACCUCAGUUUUGACGAAAGAAGACAAUGGAAUGUCAAUGUACUCGUGUCAAAAUGUUGAAAUGGAUGGACAGGGUAAAAUCUUAUUAGAUGAAAAUACUCUGACGAGAAAGGAAACACCGAAAAGUACUCACACGGCGUCAGCGAGAGGUUGUGAAAGUCCGCUAUCUCAAUUAUCAAGCAGACAAGGAUCCGCUAAACAAUAUUUAAACAAGAAUGACUACAUUCAUAGAUAUCAACAAGAUGAUUUGGCAAAAUAUGAUGAAAUAUUUACAAAAAUGAAUACAAAUGAGUUAAAAAUUCGAGUCCCGAAAACGACUAAAAUAGAGAGGAUGGGUAAAUAUGAUAGAAUACAAGAGCUAUGUUCAUGCGAAGAGACACCUUAUAAUACCGGUGAUCAAAUACAAUUUGGCUUACCCAGAGAGUUGAGCUAUCCAGAUAAGAGUCCAAAUACGUAUUCAACAAAUUUGAAAUACACGUAUAAGGGUUAUGACAACAGAGACAGAAAAAUAAUAAAUGUCACUCCAUCCAACUGCCCCGUCCCAAUUAAUAUGGAAAAGAAAGUUCACCCACAACAAGAUGUUUUUAUAUUAAAAAUAGGCAAGAAACUAGAAACGCGCGAUAAAAAAACUGAUCUCGAAAUAGAACUCGUAACUCCAAAGGCUCCAAGCGAUAAACGGAUAAUUGAUAACAAUCACAUUUCUCAGCAAUGCAGUUCUAGUACAUUAAAAGACAAAUCUAAAUCCGACACGAAGAAGGAAAAGAAAGCGAAGAAAAGCAAAUCUAAUUUAACAAAUAAAAAAGGCAAAACCAAAAGUGGGACCAAGUCAAAAAAGAAUAAAUAAUAGAAACAAGAUACUCAAUAUAAAAAAACAAACUAAUAAAUAUU